CAAAGUCGAAAUCCCACGUGCACGACUGAACCGCCGCAUUUGCAAGCUUUUAGCUCAGAUUGACCGAGAUCGAGAUGUCAGACCCGUUCGGAGACAGCAACCCCGUGGAGGACGACGUGCCCCAGGAGAUUUCGGACUUUGCACCGCCUGCUGGCAACAGUGGAGAUUUCUACGCGGUGGAGCCCACCGAUGCCGACACGAAUGGAGCGUACGAAGAGCACACGGAGCAGAGCUUUGACCAGACCAUGGAGGAGAGCUACCAGCCCAUGGACUUUGCCCCUGCACCCGUUGACACACCUGCCGACUUCCAGGCUGAGAUCCCUCCUGCUCCAAUGGAGAUCUCUGCCCAGAUCCCCGUCGUUGAAGAGGACAACGAGCUCACCAAAUUUAUGCUUGAGUACGACGAGAAGAUCGCGCUGAAGGCUCAGGAGCAGGAGAAGGUGGCAAUUGAAUGCAAGGUUAAGGCCGAAGAGAACAUGGCCCAGUUUUUGGCCGAACGCCAGCGCAUCAAGGAGUCCAAGAUGCAGUCCAACCGCGUGUUCGAGCAGGCCACACUGGAGAAGAUGGUGGCCGAUCUGAAGAACGAGAACCCGUGGGAGCGCGUGGUGACGCUGGUGGAUCUCGAAACCAGUCGCAAGAAGAAACUGGACGCGCUCAACAGCAACAAGAAAGACCCCAAGAAGCAGGACCCCAAGCCGGUCGCUGUGCCUGCCAAGAAGACACCCGAGGACGAGGAGGACGUCUCUAGAAUGCGACAGCUGUUCGUGCAACUUAAGGCUUCGCCACUUGAGCAGACGCGUGCUGAUGCCGUGGCUGCUAAUUAGACGAUCCGCCAGAGCAUGACAGAGAUCAAUUUAUUGUCUCCAAUAUCCGACGGUGAGCAGUGGACAGGAAAAAAAAGCUGGAGCGGGGUGCACACGCGAGCGCUCCUUUGAUUUUCUGAAAAUACUUUUUUUUACGAAUCUA